GUCAGAUCAGAGUCCAAGACUGUUGGGAACUUCCGCUUCAGGUUGCUGAUAUUUCCUUGCGGAACUCAGACUGCUGGGGGGCAGCAGGUAUCAGCAUUCGUUGAGGCAGACCCACUGGAGACGCUUGACCCAAGGUGGUGCUUCCAUGGCGUGAAAUACCAGAUCACGCUGGUAAAUUGGACAGAUUACAGGAGGAGUGUCACCAAGUCCGACAUCUGGUCGUUUUCCAGAGAUGGCAUCGACCGUGGUUGGCACGACAUGGUCAGAGUUUCGGAGCUGAUUCCUGAAACUGGAUGGGUAGGGCCUGACAACACGCUCCUCUUCCGGGCAUCAUGCUAUGUGCGAUCUGCUGACCAGCUGAACUUGACCAAUGAUUACAGCUGUAAGAAGGAAACAGGAUUCACUGGCCUGAAGAAUCAUGGUGCAACUUGCUACAUGAACGGACUGCUUCAGAGUCUGUUUCACGUCGGUGAGUUCAGGAGGAUUGUUUACUCCAUUGAAGGAGACGACGUUGAUGCUCAGGAGGAGAGAGAAGAUGCCGGCAAGGAAGAAAUGGAAGAUGUGGACAGCAAGCCGCAACUGAUCCAAGCCUUGCAGAACGUCUUCUACAAGAUGCAAACCUCCGACCAGGCGGUGAACUGCAAGGAGCUCAUGAAGUCAUUCGGAUGGGAUACAAUGGAUGCUUUCACCCAGCACGAUGCGCAGGAAUUGAAUCGAAUUCUGUGCGACAGAUUGGAGGAGCGCAUGAAGAACACGCCUUCUGAUGGAUCGAUCAAGCGGCUCUUCGAAGGAGAGAUGGAGAACUACAUUGAAUGCAUCGACGUGGACUACAAGUCCCGCCGAAACGAGACGUUUUACGACAUCCAGCUUAACAUCAAAAGCGAACGCGGGCAGGAAUUGCAAAACAUCGUCGAGUCUUUCCAUGACUUCACCGCGGAGGAGACGCUUGAAGGUGACAACGCGUACGAGGCGGAAGGGCACGGAAAGCAACGCGCAAAGAAGGGAAUCAGGUUUCUCAGGUUUCCUCCUGUGUUAAACUUGCAGCUGAAGCGCUUCCACUUCGACCUAGAAAAGAUGGACAUGGUCAAAUUGAAUUCCCGCUUCGAGUUCCCUCGCAAGCUUGAUCUGAGCCCUUUUGCCCCUGAUGGAGGCAGAUAUGACCUGUUUGCGGUGGUCGUUCACAACGGGGAUGUCAACAGCGGGCACUACUACGCCCACAUCCAACCAGAUCCAGAGAGAGGAUGGUUCAAGUUUGAUGAUGAGAUGGUCACACCUUGCAGCGAGUAUGCUGCGAUAGAAGACAAUUACGGAGGAGGUGACCUGGGAGUCUGGAACUAUUUUGACCGCCGGCCCAGUGAACUGCGAAGCGUGUCGCCCAAUACCAAGCCACGCAUCCACAACGCGUACAUGCUCAUGUACAUUCGUGAGGAUUUGAGCAGGCAAAUCUUGACGCCGCCAGAUCCCAAGGUUGUGAAUCCAAAGAUGGUGGAUCGCUGUGACAGAGAGGUCCGCCUGGCAGAGCAGCGCCGAAGGGAAAAAGUUGAGCAGCAAACCAAAAUCAGGAUCAAAUUGGUGACUGAAGCCAACCUGUGCCAGAUGACCGGCUUUUGGGACCACACGCAAGUCCCGUACAAGCAAAUGUACAAGUUCGGACGGGAUAGCCCCGUGAAGGACUUCAUAGAGCAACUUAGCCAAGAAGCCGGCAUUGACCAGAAUCACUUGGCUCCGUUCGUGCUGCAGUAUCGCACCUCCCCGCGCCAAAUCAGAUUCGGACACAUGUCCCUCAACAGUUCGUUCAAGUCACACAUUCCUCCGUACGGUGCUCCUCACUUUGACGUGGGUGAUCCUAGCCUCCUCGUUCUCGUCAUCAUGUCAAGAGGUUACAGCUUGCAUAGCCUCAGAUGGAGCAGAGAGGAUGCGAAGCCUGACGACCUGUCAACAUGGGAUGAGGAGAAGGUCACCAUGCUUGUGGUAAAGUACUUCUGCGCACAGACAAAAAGGUUGCUGAGCAUGGUCACAGAUGGGUGGGUGGCACACAAGUUGCAGAGCCACAUAAACAGCAAGCAGGUAGCGCAACCUCCAGCGGAUGCAGAUGUGUGGGCAUGCUGGGAGGACAUGGGCACUGUUGUGAAGCUGGAGCAGCUUUUCUCGGGAGAUGCCAUCAUAUGGCAGAAGAUGCGCGCAGAUGACGAGAGAGAGGUGGCCGCACAAUCUACAGACUGCAUCAAGGAUGAAUGCCUGACGGUGCAGAUGGAUACUGACAGCCCACCAGUGUAUCCAAUUCUGACAGUGGCAGAUUUGUCUGCCCACCAGGCGAACUCCGUUGAUGUGACGGUGUUGCUACAUGACAGCAAACAACCUCUUUGUGUGGAUGGGUGGCUAAUGGGCACUGGGGGCCCGCCGGAGCCGGAAGUCACGACCAGAGAGGAACGCCCUGAGGACGCUGCUCUUUUGCUAUGCCCAGCAAAGUUCAGUCGUGCAGAGGAGAUUGAGCCGCUGAACGCACCGUCGCGUGAUCAGGCAACUCUGAAGGAGCUGCAGAGGAAUUUGUCUUAUUUGUCUUCCACGUCCAAGCGGCAGUUGACCCUCCAUGCUGUGGAGUUGCCCUUCCAGCCUGGAGGGAGAGUCCUGGAGAAGGGCUUGUGCCCACUUUGCAUUAGAUUCUUUGAUGAUGCUGUUCGGGAAGUCGGCAGCGAGGUUAUUUUUGUGCCCAAUGACGGCAACAUCUCAGACGUGCUUUCAGAAGCGCAGGGGCUUUUGAAGCCUGAGUGGGGCAUUUCAGGUCCCCUUCGUGCACUUGAAGUUUCGGAGAGCAGGUUGCACAAGCUGUACAGGCCUGACCAGCCGGUCCGAGGGCUCGCUUGUUUCAGUCGCGCUAAUAUUUUUUACAACAGCGUUCGCAUCGAGGCGGACCGUGAAAACCUUGGUACAGGACAGAGGUUGAUGGAGAUCUUCCACUGUGACCGAUCUAGCCAACAGGCAUUUGCAAUGCCUUUGCUGAUGACCGUCACCAACGCUGAGAAGUCAGGCUCCAUAAAGCAGCGCUGUAAAGACAAGCUUCAGGUGCCAGACCCGGAGUUCAAGUCCUGGCGGCUUGUGCGGUGCUCACGGACAGGGAGCAAUCGCAUUCACCUGAAGGACGAUGAACCCUGGGACGGAGAAGCUUCAGACCCUCGGCUUUGCCUGGAGCAUGUCCAUCCCAACCCGAUGAAUGCCCUGUCGCGGCAGUCUCGCCACAACAAGCCAUUGACAAUCAAGGCAUAG